AGUCGUCGGUGUAGCAUGAUGACGGCUCCCCCUGACUGGAGUGACGGUCUGACUUCGUGUGCCUGUAAAGGCAUCCGGAGGUGUCUCCUAUGUGAAAAGAAAAGGAGAGAAGUGUGUGUGGCGACUAGUGAAGCUCAGCUUGUUCAUCAUUUCCUCUUUGAUCCUGAGACGAGGCUUGCCAUUUGCAAAGAUGCGAAGGCCACAUCCUUCCCCUUUCCUGGUGUCUUCCUGUGGGAGAACUUUAUAUCAGAAGAGGAGGAGAAGACUCUGAUAAGCUUGAUGGACCAGGAUGCAUGGAAUCUGUCCCAGUCUGGUCGAAGGAAACAGGACUUUGGUCCAAAAGUUAACUUCAAGAAAAGGAAAGUGCGUGUGGGCAGCUUUAGUGGACUCCCGGCUUUAAGCCAAGAACUAGUGAUCAGGAUGCAGCAGGAGCCAAAUCUAGCAGGCUUCCAACCAGUGGAGCAGUGCAAUCUGGACUACCAUCCUCAGCGAGGCUCUGCCAUCGAUCCACACCUUGAUGACUCCUGGCUGUGGGGGGAGCGUCUGGUCACCAUCAACAUGUUGUCCAACACGACGCUCACCAUGUCUCUCGACCAGGGUCUGCCUGAGAUGGGACUCGGAGAGGAAGUCCGUGUAGCUGUCCACCUUCCUCGCAGAUCUUUAGUAGUGUUAUACGGUGAGGCUCGGCAUAUGUGGAAACACGCCAUUCAUAGAGAGGAUGUUCAGGAGCGCAGAGUUUGCAGCACUUACAGAGAGCUGUCUGCAGAGUUCUUACCUGGAGGGCAGCAGGCAGAGCUGGGAGCUCAGCUUUUGAACAUUGCUUUGAGUUUUCAAGGAGCUCCAAUAUGAUAAUGUGAUGAUGCAAAUGGAGCCACAAUGACUCAGACACAUGUUCUUAAGGUGUGUGUCAACACAACUGACUGGCCCACAGUGAAUAUGAAAAAUAGAAGACUCCAAAAAAUGUAGCCGCUUUGGUUUAAAUGAGGGUAUAAGAAGAAGACCAAGCAUCUUUGCUGCAGAGAGACUUGAAAUGUGGAUUUCAGGCAGUCACUUUUGUCAUGAUGCUGUUUGACUUAGCAUUUUAUUCUGUUUGUCCAAACUCUAAGACACUUUAAGAGUCUAAAGAUUUCAAGUUUGGUUUGGUUUGGCCUGUGAAACAUUUUUAAUUCUGGAUGUUCAUUGUGGAUUUUUCACAAGGUAUUCCUCAUGGGGCCUGAGAAGGUCAAAGAAAAUGAUUCACAUCUCUUUUUUGUACCCAGCAAACUAUUCAGUGAGUCCCACAUGGAAUCUGCAUAAAUGUCAGAAUUAUAGUCAUGAACAUUACUCACGGUAACUUACAUCGCAGAGACAUGUGUUGUUGAUUUUCAUGCCACCACAAAAUAGUACAGAAAUUGGAUGAAUGUACAAUAGAAGCUGUAAUUAAAUUUUAUAUGAAAUUGUUGAAAAGUGCUAUAAACAGCCAGUAUGGUCGGAAAAAACAAGUGAUUUAAUUAAGGAAAUAAAACCACACAUUUAUGUUUCUAUUUAA